AUGGUGAAGCUGCUGAGACGCCUAGUCAUAGUCCUAGCCCUAGCGCUUCUGGCCCUGGUGCUGCUGAAUCUGGCGAUGCAAAUGAUUCUCAUCCUGGUGCUUCUGGCCCUGGUGCUGCUGAAUCUGGCGAUGCAAAUGAUUCUCAUCCUGGUGCUUCUGGCCCUGGUGCUGCUGAAUCUGGCGACGCACCAAAUGAUUCUCAUCCUGGUGCUUCCUGCCCUGGUCCUGCAGAAUCUGGCGGUGGCCCAAGUGAUUCUUUUCCUAGUGCUUCCUGCCCUGUCGAAGGGCUUAACACUUUUGACGCGCAAGGAUGAGUCAGAGCUGGGCAACCUUGGGGAUUUGCCUAUGCCACCAAAGCUUGAUGAGUCAGGGCGCUGCGAAUGUAAGAAAGCGGAUGACUAUUUGGCGGAGUUGCUGCUGUACUACCCAGACAUCGGUGACAUGACCUUCUUUGCUUCCAAA